CAAAAAAUUCGUUCAAGCUGGGAAAAAGUAAAAACAAAAGUGAAGUUAAUUUCAUGAAAUUCGAGGAAAAAAACACUUUUUAGGUGUUCAGAGUGAAAAUUUUAAAGAAAAUCGUGCCGUACGAUGUACGCGGAGGGUUACAAAUAUUGGCUUGCAUACAAAAAAGGGAAUACAAAAUAUUUUCGAUGUCGUCGCUACAAAUCGAAUUGCUCAGGGCGUUGCGUCGUCGAAAAUGGUCAAUUACGAAGUUCGACGCCUCAUAGUCAUCCCGCGGAGCCAGAUCGCGCUUUAGUUGAUAAAUUUCGCAAAGUUUUGACGCAACGGGCGCAAAAAGAACGCACCGAAUUGUACACAAUUUAUUGGGAGGAGGCGACUCAACGACAUUCUGAUGCUGCGAUGAUCUAUUCUUUCACACAAGCGGAAAGUUGCAUGCGAAAAGCGCGAAGAAAACAGCCGCCGACGAGUUGUACGACGAUUCGCGAGUUGUCGGAAAUCCUCGGAUCGUCAAGUAUGUUUUAUAUAAGCUGCGGAAAUGACAAGGAAAAUUUAUUUAAGACGACAAUCAUGCUCGAAGACGCUACUUGCCUCAUUUUCAUGCAUCACAAAACGUUGGAGAAACUCGGCAAGAUCGAGGAGAUUCAUGUUGAUCAUUCAAUCAAAUCGGAACCAGCUCCGCCGAACUUUAAUUAUUCCAUUUUGACGAUUCAUGCGGUGCAGCAACAGCAAAAUUAUCCCAUCGUGUUCAUUGUUUUGACUGUCAAGUCGCAUUCAAUCUAUUCCGCGAUUUUUGCCUACCUGAAGGAGCAAAUCCCGUUGUCGCCGAGCAAUAUUUUCAGCAAUUACGACAGCGAUAUGAUCUCGGCGUUGUCCCAAACGUUCCCCGAAGCUACUUGUCGCUUGUAUUACUUCCAUUACACGAGCGCCGUACUUCAUCGGAUGCGACUUUUGAAGAUGCUGAAACAAAAUAAGGGUUAUGUGACGUCGGCGAUUAAGAUGUUGCUCGUUUUGCCGUUGCUGCCGGCGAAUUACAUCAGAAACGGACUAUUGGCGAUCAAAAAAUGGGUUGUCGAGAAGAAAAUUAUGACGCCCCAGUUUGAGAAUUUGUGUGAUUUCAUCGAGCAACAAUGGCUGAUGCGGAUUGGCGUGUCGAAAAUCUCAAUUUUUUCGCUUCCGCAUUGCGUUUCGAACCACAUUCAGACUUUUAAUCAGGAAUUGCAACAUACUUUGGGCUUGCAGAACCCCAUGAUAUGGCAUAUGUUGGAAUCGAUCACGCAUAUUGCGCGUCAAACCUUCACAAAAGUCACGAAACGCAGCAAACAAGUGUUGCCGGGUAACAAAUUGCCUCGCGGCAAGGGACAAUUGAUACAAGACACGAUAAUUCAGAGUGCGACGCAACUUUGGAUCAAAACGGCGGUUCAUUUGAGAAAUCCUUUGCAGUUUUUGCAAGUUACAAGUCAUUGUAUCAACGAUUCCUUGUUCGCGGGAGUCUCCAUGGAUGAGAUCGGGACCAAAAGUAACGUCAUUUCUGCUCCCGUGACAAAUGCUGAGACGUCAGAAGAUGAUUUGGAAGCGAAAAAUAGCACAGAACUCCCUCCCUUGACUUACACAAUCGUCAAUACGGACCAAUUACUGUCGUCGAUGAACAAUUCGCAAGAGUUUCAAGCGACUUUUAGUGAAUUGUCGCAAAUUACGGCGAAUCCCAAUGCCACAUAUCGCGUUCAGUCGUUACAACAACACGCCACAGACAAUUCCCAACACGUUACAAGUACAGAAGAAAGCAAUUUGUUCGCAAUUCCCGCUACAAUUGAAGUUCAGCAGCCAUCGACGACGACGACAACAAAGCCAAGUUCGGAUCCGCCGCCAUUAGCUUUUUAUCCGAAGGCAUUCCUGCGACAGAAUAUUAAACGAUCUGAACCGCCGCCAUUGAUUUUCUUCAAAGACAUCAAGAACUCAUAACAGCACGCAACGCAAGAAUUCCAACUGAGAGUAGAGCAUUUUCCUUUGGAGCAGUUCUUGCAUCUUCAUAGCUCGUAGAAGACUUUUUGCAAUCGUAGGUUUUUAUUUCCUUUCGCCCGUAUUCGUAGCUUUAAGUAAGGAUAAUUUAUUUCUGAAGUGAUAUUUAAAGAAUAAGUGAAUAUUGUACAAGUAUUAAGAAUAGUUAAGCUUUUUUUAGAGUCGUUUUUGGAUGAAAUUCAAAUUUU